AUGUUGAAUGGGGCUCUCCUUUUCUUUUGCUUUCGUGCCAACCAGACACCAAGCACCAUAAGACCAAUUGCCAGAAAGCCCAUGAAUCCAAUUGCCAUGACAACUCCGCCCUUCAUGCUCCCACCAUUUCUGGAUAUUGUGAUUGCUUUAAUAUUUGGAGCAGGUGUAGUUGAUCUUGCAGUGGGUUUCUCAGGGGCAAUUGCUGGAGGCAGGGGAGAAGGUGGAAUAAGAGAUGUGGUGAUGGGAGAAGGAGACGCCAUCGAAAGUGGAGGGGGAUUUAACAAGAAUGGAGUCUGCGAAGAAGCAGGUGGUGGUGGAGGAGGUAAUGCAGGAGAGGAAGGGCUGGUGAGCUAUGACUUUAUAGCAGGAGGAGGUGGAGAAACUGAGGUAAGUGGUGAUGGGACUACAAUUGGCAGAGGAGGAAAGGGUGAAAGAGUUAGAGAUGGAGGUGCUAUGCCAAAGGGAGGGGAAGGUGAUACUUGUGGGGGAGGAGGAGGUGAUAAGUUUAUAGAUAGAGGGGGGCACCAGGGGGUGGGUGGUGGUGGCACAGACGGAAGGGGAAGGAGGGAUGGAGGAGGUAAGGAAGAGGAAGGGGGCGGUGUUGAUAAUGGUGGUGGUGAUGAUUGGGGUCGGGGAGAAGGGGAGAGAUAUUUCAAAUGGUAUGAUGGAGGAGAAGAAGAAGAAGUUAAUAGUAGAAGAAGCAACCAUGACACAAACAGGGAAAGAGAUAUUAGCAGAGCUAGAGUGCUUGGCAUUUCAGAAAGGCAAUCUGAUGUUGCCGUGGAACUGCAAAGACAAUUUCCAGCUCCAAGUGUCUUAGAUGUAGCAUUUUCAGAUUCAGAAGUCAAUUGA